AUGCAAAGCGCAGGAGCAAACAUUAACUCAAGCAAUAAUUUGUUAUUUAAUUUUUCAAGCUCAUUGAAUGAAAGACUAUUCUUGUUGCAGGUCCUGGUUGGGGUUUUCCUCUGUAUAAACUGCUUGAUGAUAUACACAUUUUUUAAAAAGGAGGUUUUUAGGGAAGAAACGCGAUACAUUUUGUUUGUACAAACCCUAUUUGUGGACUCUGCUUUUAUGCUGUUAAGUGACUUGCUUUCAGUUGGAACUUCCUUUCAGUAUGCCAUGCACAUAAUUCCUUGCAGUAUCAUUUGUACAGUUUUGGCUUUUCUGACCUGCUGUACACCACUGACUUUGGUGGCAAUGUGUCUGGAACGCUAUGUGGCUAUAUGCAUGCCUUUGAGACACGCUGUCAUCUCCACAAGCAGGACCAGAUUAUAUGGGGGUUUUAUCAUAUGGACUCUCAGUUCUAUAAUUCCAUUGUUCAAUUUCAUAGGAUAUUGGGCAGUAGUUCCACCUGCUGCUCAGUACUCCUAUGCAGUGUGCACUGUGGAGCUAAUUUUAGGUGAAUCAUGGCAGGCACACGGACGUGCCAUCAUUUUUAUUAUCCUUUUCCUUUUUUUAAUCAUUAUCACUGUCUUCACCUACAUCAAGAUAAUGAUUGCAGCUAGAGCUGCUUCCUCUGAGAAAAAGAAAUCAACCAGUAAGAGUCUCAGGACUGUGCUGCUUCAUGCAUUUCAGUUGCUUCUGUGCAUAGUGCAGUUUUUAAACCCAUAUAUAGAAAUGGCAUAUUGGGGGGUUGAAGCAAUGAUGUUGCGGAAAAUAAGAUAUUCCAUGUUUAUAGCUUUUAUAAUUGUACCACGUUGUCUCAGUCCAUUGAUUUAUGGUCUCAGAGAUGAAAUUUUUUUUCAUGCUUUAAGACAUUAUGCUAUGUGUGGCACUGAUUGCAUUUUCCCAACAUUGCUUAAAGUUAAAAAAAUUGAAAAUAAGAUCAAUUUAAAUACAAAACAGGACAUAAUUAAAUAA